CGGAAGCAACCAUUUUCUGCAGAUGUUUUGAACCAAAAUCGUGCUAAAUCAAAACAUCUAAAUGUGAAAUCAAAUGUUUUAUUUUCUCAUGCAUUGGUUGGACAUUAUUUCUCUACCCGGUUUUUCUGUAAGUGUCUCGCCCAACGCGAUCCCCAGUCAUCAUGGACAGUCACAGUGAGGUAUCAGACCUCGACCCAGCCCCUGACAGACCUAUAGGACCCAUGAUGGAGGGGGGAAACGCACCUGUCUACUGUAUCUGUCGUAGACCUGACAUCAACUGCUUCAUGAUUGGUUGUGACUGCUGUAACGAGUGGUUUCACGGUGACUGCAUCGGGAUAUCAGAGAAGGCAGCUAAAGUCAUCCGGGUGUGGUACUGCGAGAAAUGUCGUGCCAAAGACGGGACCCUGGAGAUAAAGUAUCGUCCCAAGAAGACCAAGGAGAAGACGGAGAAGGAGACGGGAGACCCAGAGAAGCAGCAUCACACUCCAGACCUGAAUAUAGAACACCGCCAAGGUUCACGGGUGAAGCGUUCGGCCCGUAUGUGUGGAGAGUGUGAGCCGUGCAGGAGGACUGAGGACUGUGCUCAGUGUGAUUUCUGUAAAGACAUGAAGAAGUUUGGAGGACCCAAUAAGAUCAGACAGAAGUGCAGGCUCCGGCAGUGUGACGUUCGAGCUCGGAAAAUGCUUCGUGUAAAAGAUGAGGAGUUUGCCCUGUCUGGUCGGGGGGCCAGAGGGAGUCUGAGAAGAGGAGGGCCUCUGUUUGAUGACUACAGUGAGAAUGAGAUGGAGCUCUACCAGCAGUACAAGGCUGCAGGCUACGAGGAUAACAAUAUGCCAUGGCAUAGUGAUGAUGAGGAAGCGGCCUUUGACCCCGUGCAGCGGAAGAGGGCUGUGAAGGUCAAGCACGUCAAGAGACGAGAGAAGAGAUGGGACAAGAAGGACAAGAAAGAGGUGCGUCGCCAGAAGCAGAAGUACCGUGAGCGACUGAAGCACAGUGAGAGGGGUGGCGGGGGCGGCGGCGAGGCUCGGGGGGACAGUGGUGGAGGAGGAGGGGGGAUGAGACAGUGCUUGGGACCAGGGUGUGUGGAGGUCGCCAGGGCUGGCUCCAAAUACUGCUCAGAGGACUGCGGCAUGAAACUGGCUACCAAUCGUAUCUAUGAGAUCUUGCCUCAGAGGAUACAGCAGUGGCAGCAGUCUCCCUGUAUAGCCGAGGAGCAGGGCAAGAGGCUGCUGGAGCGAAUCAGGAGAGAUCAGCAGUCAGCCCGCCUGAGACUCACGGACAUGGAGAAACGCUUCCACGAGCUGGAGGGGAUCAUCGCCAAGGCUAAGCAACAGGUGGUGCAACAGGACGAAGAGGUGAAUGAGGCAGAAGGGGACACAGAUACAGACCUGCAGAUAUUCUGCGUGUCCUGCAGUCACCCCGUCAACCCCAAGGUGGCGCUAAGACACAUGGAGAGAUGCUACGCUAAGUAUGAGAGCCAGACCUCCUUCGGCUCCAUGUACCCCACACGCAUCGAAGGUGCAACCAGACUGUUCUGUGACGUAUACAACCCUCAGAGUAAAACCUACUGUAAGAGACUGCAGGUGUUGUGUCCUGAACACUCUAGAGACCCCAAGGUUACUGUGGACGAGGUGUGUGGCUGUCCUCUGGUGAGAGACGUCUUCCAGGCCACAGGAGAGUACUGCCGGGUGUCGAAGCGCAAGUGUAACAAGCAUUACUGCUGGGAGAAACUGAGGAGGGCUGAGGUGGACCUGGAGAGAGUCAGAGUGUGGUACAAGCUGGACGAGCUCUUUGAGCAGGAGAGGAACGUCCGAACAGCCAUGACCAAUAGAGCAGGUCUCCUGGCCCUCAUGCUGCACCAGACCAUCCAGCACGACCCUGUUACCACCGACCUCCGCACCGCCAAGGAUAGGUAG